CCGACCAGUCUUUUGGUCAGGAACCUUCGCCGGGACUGCAGGCCAGAUGAUCUUCGAAGGCCAUUUGGGCAAUUUGGUCGUCUGAAAGAUGUGUAUAUUCCAAGGGAUUACCAUACUCAACAAGUCAUAAGAGUACUGUUGAAGAGAAGGAAGGCUAGAGAAGUUGCAACUUAAGAAACAUGCAGUUAAAGAUUAUUGUUGAAGAGAAUGGAAGAAAUAGAGAGUUGGAAAUUAAGAUAUAUGCAAAUGCAAGAUAUAGUUACAGGUUUAAGAGAUUUGAAGAGAAUGGAAGAAAUAGAGAGUUGGAAAUUAAGAGAUAUGCAAAUGCAACUAAGAUUACUAUUGAAGAGAACGGAAGAUAUAGUUACAGGUUUAAGAGAUUUGCAAGUCCUCAUGAAGAGUUUGAAGUCUGUAUUAGUACUCUUACGACUUACAACUGUAAGGGAGCCGAGAGGAUUUGGGUUUGUCCAGUACUUCGAUCCUGCCGAUGCUGCUGAUGCAAAAUACUAUAUGGAUGGACAGGUUGUUCUUGGCAGAGAAAUAGCAGUUGUGUUUGCCCAGGAGAACAGGAAGAAGCCUGGUGAGAUGAGAACCAGAGAAAGUAGCAGAGGCCAUAGCAGAGGCCGGUCUUAUGAUCGGCGGUACUCUCCUUCUCCGAGGGGCCGGCCAUCUUACCGAGGCCGGAGCUACUCAAGGUCUCCCUCUCCUCGGUACUCAAGGCGCAGAUUCAGAGAGGAGUCUUACUCACGUUCACCCGCUGACAGCGGAUCAAGGAGCCCGACGCCUUCUGAUGGGCGUUACGGAAGGUCUGCCCGAAGAGAGAGGUCGGUCUCUGUUAGCGAAUGAAGUAGUAGCAGCUCUGUUUAACGUUUAGAUCUGCGGUGGAGACGACUAGUACCUCGUGGUAAACCUAGUUGCUAUAUAUCACGUUGUGAACCUUAUCGUCUGUGGUGGAUCUAUAUAGAGGUUGCCAUCGUGUACUAGCAGAAGUUUGAAUUUGAAUAAACUGCAGACUGGGGUGUGUGGCAGUGUCCGAU